AUGCCGCUUACAUUUCCAUCAUCAGUUGCCAAGAAAGUUCGUUUGGCUCUAUUACAUAAAUGUAAUAGUAGUCGAAAACGACGUGAUGAUAUAACAGUAGUUGAUUAUAGUCAUGGAAAUUUAUCAUCUGUACCAGAAGAUAUACUUCUUUAUGAAAAUACAUUAGAAGAACUUCAUUUAGAAGCAAAUUGUCUUCAAGAUUUACCAAAAUGGCUUUUUCAAUGUCAUGCUUUACGUCAUUUGAUAUUAUCAGAUAAUGAGCUAGAUUGUUUACCACCAUCAAUUUCAAGUCUGACAAGUUUAGAAAGAUUAGAUCUCAGUCGAAAUGAUUUAAUGGCAUUACCAGAUAAUAUACGUUAUUGUAAACAAUUGACAUCGGUUGAUUGUAGUUCUAAUCGAUUAGAAAGAUUGUGUGAAGGAUUGACGAUGUUAAUUAAUUUACAUGAGUUAUAUCUUAAUGAUACUCUAUUAGAAUUUUUACCGGGCAAUUUCGGACGUUUAACUGAAUUAAAAAUCUUAGAAAUGCGUGCAACUCGUAUGCGAUUAUUACCAGUCACAUUACCAAAAUUAACUAAACUUGAACGAUUAGAUUUAGGUGCUAAUUCAUUUAUUGAAUUCCCUAAUGUUUUAACACAUCUUCCAUCUCUUCAAGAAUUAUGGCUUGAUUCAAAUAAAUUAAUAUCAAUAGAUGAUUCAAUUGAUAAAUUAUCGAAUUUAACAUUUCUUGAUAUAUCACAAAAUCAAUUAACUGAAUUACCCAGUUCAAUUGGUUAUUGUAAAUUAACAGAUUUACAUUUAUCUGACAAUUUUCUUACAAGUUUUCCAGAAUCGAUUAGUAAUAUAACAACUUUACAAACACUAACAGCAAAUAAUAAUCAAAUCGAACGUUUACCAAAUACUCUUGGAAAUAUGGUAUCUUUAGUUGAAUUACAUUUAUCAUUUAAUAAUAUAACAUCAAUACCUACAAGUAUUGGUUUAUUACAUAGUUUACAAUUUCUUACAUUGGAUCAUAAUCAAAUUCAAUCAAUACCAGCAAGUAUUGGUAGUUGUUCAAGUUUAAGUGUAUUUUCAUUACGUUCAAAUUGUUUAACACAAUUACCAGAUGAAAUAGGACGUUUAAGUCAAUUGAAAGUACUUAACGUCAGUGGAAAUUAUCUUCAAUAUUUACCGUUUACAUUAUUAAAACUGAAGAAUUUACAAGCAUUAUGGAUGAAUGAAAAUCAAGCAAAACCAUUGAUUGCUUUUGAACAAGAACGUCAUCCAAGUACAGGUCAUCGUGUACUUACAUGUAUACUUUUACCACAAACAGAUCCUUCAAUGAAUCGAUAUACAUCAAAAAAUCGAUUUAUUACCGAUCAAACAAAUGAUUAUUCAGAUAGACUCACAACUCUUCGUUUUGCUACUGAUACCAUUGAUGAACCACGUCACCUUGUUCGUAAUCCAACACCAUAUCCAAAAGAAAUGCGAGCAUUUGCUAAUAUACUUCGAAAUUAUAAUCAUAACAAACAACGUCAAAUAAGUGAAUCACCUAAGAAACAUUCUUCAUCGUCAAAUCUUUUAAUGGUAUGUGAAGAUAUUCCAAUAAAUGAAGAAUGGUGUCAACGUACAAAUUCUGCAUCAGUUAAUUCAAUGAAUUCCGAUCCAUUGUGUUGUCCAUUAGCACGAAGUCAUGAAGAUCUCUUAUGUAGUACUAGUCCAUUAGAUGAUAUAGGAAGAACGCGUCCAGAUUUAUUACCUGGACAAAUUAAUGAUAUUGAUGAAAUUAAAAGUAAUCAUUCAUUCUAG